AUGGGUGACCGCAACCGUCCUCCUCCUUUCCCCUACACGCCCUAUUCAUCGUCCUCAUCGGGUUUUCAAGGUGAUGACUCUUCACUUACAGACUGGACUGUGCGCCGCUACUCCCAACCUUCUUUUGGGCCCCAGGUCAACACUACUGUCGAAACAGCCCCUGGUUUCUCUGAAGAUUCUCCUAGUACCUCCCGUGUCCCUGCUGGCGACCGGCCUUGGUCUUCCAAAGUGCCUAUACCCAGAUCAGCCAACUCGAGCCAAUGGACCAGUAGCGGAAGAGUCAGUCGGGCAUGCGAGAACUGUCGCGAGCAGAAAGCCAAAUGUAGUGGACACCGUCCAUCGUGUCAAAGAUGCCUGGAUACGGGCGCCCGUUGCUCGUAUGGCGAUCGAAAGCGGGAGAAAACGGCCAAGGAAAUAACAGAUCUAAAAGUUCAGGUGGCGGUCUUUGAGCGUUUGAUGCGUGAAAUAUUCCCAACGUUGGACCAUCAGGCUGCGCAGCAUGUCGAGAAGACACUAAAUGAAGUGAGAUAUUAUCUUCUGUCUCUGGGUUGUUUUUAUCCUAACAAAAACCCCCUCCAGAAUCAAUUCCAGAACAGAGACAAGUUCCUCCAUAGUCUUCGAAACUCGACAACCCCACCACCCCUUAUGAUGUCUGACAGCCCCCAUUCUUCGGGCCCUCUGAACGUUAUCCCGGCUUCCUCGUUGGGGGCAGCAGACUACACCGACGAAGACUUCAAUCGUGACGAGAAGGCCCAGGCUAUGGGGUUCGUAGGAGAGCACUCCGAGAUCGCAUGGCUUUACAGGUUGAAACGAGAGCUUGAGCAGAACCAAGGUAUGCCAGGGAAUCCGAGUUCAAAUCCACACAGAGAGGAUCGUCUUUCAGUUGCAUCCGUCAAUUUCUUCCUGGAUGACAAGAAAAUCCUCUUAGAGGGGUCUGAUGCAUCGCAACGGCCUUCUCAAGCGGUUGCUGAUAGUCUCGUGGGCAGCUACUUUGAGUCUGUGCACCCAUAUUUCCCAAUAAUUGGCAAGAUGCUCUUCCUGCAACAGUUCAAGUCAUACAAUGACAAUCCACGCUUGUGGCCAGGGAAGAGAUGGAUGGCGAUACUGAACCUAGUGUUCGCCAUUGCCGCGAAAUAUUCUCAACUUGCGCAGCAGAGCAUGGACCCUGGGUAUGAAGACCACAUGGUCUACUUUUCGAGGGCAUGGAAGCUUAGCAUGAGCAAUACCAUAUUGCUAGAUCAUUCAAAUUUGCAACAAGUGCAGAUAGAGGGACUGACAUCCUUUUUUUUUCUAGCUGUGGGACAAAUUAACCGGUCAUGGAGAAUUUGCAAUAUCUCUAUCCGUUCGGCUGUAACCAUGGGAUUGAACCUACGAAGCGAAGCAAACCACCCCGUGCGCACCUCGAAAGAAGCCCGCUACCGAGUCUGGUGGUCUCUUCAAACUUUGGAUAGUUUGCUCUCUGUGAUGACUGGGCGUCCCCCAAGCAGCAGUGAAGGGUUUUUCACCACGCCCCUUCCAGUGCCUUUUGAAGAGGAAGACUUCGGUUACGAAACGGUUACACAACUCAUCACUGACCACGAAGCCCGGACUAUUUUCAUGGAUAACUUGCUUCCAAAGGGAUCGGAACAGUCUACAGAAGAACAUACCAUAACACUGGAGGCUUCAGGGUUCCAAGUGCCAACCCCCCGGAAACAAUGCGAGCAAAUUGUUUCCAGUGCAAUGGAGUUUCUCUUCCCGAACAAUUCACUCUGCUUUCUAUACUUUGCCGACCUGACGAUGAUUAUGCGAGAAUCCGUUGACACAUUGUAUGCGCCGGGAGCUGCGUGGAACUCUUGGAGCGAAAUUGAACAGGCCGUCUCGGUUUUGAACAGCAAGACUGAAGCUUGGCUUUCUGGCCUUCCUGAAUCUUUUCAAUUCACCGGAGACCACGAAACUGGUUCUUCUGAGAGGCAAAGGUUGUGGCUAGCAUUCUGUUUCUACAGUACCAAGAUCAUUCUUUCUCAACCUUGCCUUCGGUGCCUUACUUGGCAACCCUGUGAGAGUGGAUUAUCUGAGAACUUCUCUGUUGCGAUGGCAGGCACCUGUGUUGAUUCUGCCAGGCAGAUGCUCGACCUCUUACCAGAGGAACCUGAUACUACCUGGCUCUACCGUCUAUCACCCUGGUCAUGCAUUUUGCAUUACAUCGUGCAGUGUACAACUGUUCUCUUGAUUGAUUUAUUCACUAGAGCUAAACCAGGCACCGUCGACUAUGCGAAGGCUUUACGACAGACCAGCAAGGCCUUAGCCUGGCUGCAAAAGAUGGCUGCAGCAGAUCCGUCCUCGGAAAGAGCUUGGCUCAUCUGCAAGGAUCUUUUCUCACACCAUGAUCCUGAAGUUCGUAUCAAGCAAGAGGAAUGA